CCUGGGCCCACCCCAGCCUCUCGGGGGAGAAAGUAAGCAGAACUGAGCAUCAGGGAGCAGGAGUAUUUAUGGGAUGGGGGAGCACCCAGCCCUUCCAAUGCCCACUAGUCCCUGGGCAUGGUAGCCUCUAUUUAGGCUGGAGGUAGAUGAAGGAAAUUCAAGGAAAAGAUACUGGCGGCGGGAAAGGACCAACACCAGGGAGAUUCAGCCAUGGAGCCCCGCGCGGACUCAUUCCAUGAUGUCCCUGUCGGUGCGGCCGCAGCGCCGCCUGCUCAGCGCCCGGGUCAGUAGGAGCCAGUCCUUCGCAGGCGUCCUCGGCAGCCACGAGCGGGGGCCCAGGAGCUUCCCGGCCUUCAGUCCCCCGGGGCCCCCACGGAAGCCCCCAGCGCUCUCCCGAGUCUCCAGGAUGUUUUCUGUGGCGCACCCAGCCCCUAAGGUCCCGCAGCCGGAGCGGCUGGACCUAGUGUACACUGCGCUCAAGCAGGGCCUGACGGCCUAUUUGGAAGUGCACCAGCAGGAGCAGGAGAAACUCCAGGGACAGAUUAGGGAGUCCAAGAGGAAUUCCCGCCUGGGCUUCCUGUAUGACUUGGACAAGCAAGUCAAGUCCAUUGAACGCUUCCUGCGACGGUUGGAGUUCCAUGCCAGCAAGAUUGACGAGCUAUAUGAGGCAUACUGUGUCCAGCGACGUCUCCGGGAUGGUGCCUACAACAUGGUCCGUGCCUACAGCACUGGGUCCCCGGGGAGCCGCGAGGCCCGGGACAGCCUGGCUGAGGCCACUCGAGGGCAUCGCGAGUACACAGAGAGCAUGUGUCUGCUGGAGAGUGAGCUCGAGGCACAGCUGGGCGAGUUCCAUCUCCGGAUGAAAGGGCUGGCUGGCUUCGCCAGGCUGUGUGUGGGCGAUCAGUAUGAGAUCUGCAUGAAAUAUGGGCGGCAGCGCUGGAAACUACGGGGCCGAAUUGAGGGUAGCGGAAAGCAGGUGUGGGACAGUGAGGAAACCGUCUUUCUUCCUCUGCUCACGGAAUUCCUGUCCAUCAAGGUAACAGAACUAAAGGGUCUGGCCAACCAUGUGGUUGUAGGCAGUGUCUCCUGUGAGACCAAGGACCUGUUUGCUGCCCUGCCCCAAGUUGUGGCUGUGGACAUCAAUGACCUUGGCACCAUCAAGCUCAGCUUGGAAGUCACAUGGAGCCCCUUCGACAAGGAUGACCAGCCCUCAACUGCUUCCACUGUCAAUAAGGCCUCAACAGUCACCAAGCGCUUCUCCACCUAUAGCCAGAGCCCACCAGACACACCCUCACUUCGGGAACAGGCCUUUUACAAUAUGCUGAGGCGGCAGGAGGAGCUAGAGAAUGGGACGGCAUGGUCCCUAUCAUCUGAAUCUUCAGACGACUCAUCUAGCCCCCAGCUUUCAGGCACUGCCCGCCACUCUUCAGCCCCCAGGCCUCUGGUGCAGCAGCCUGAACCUCUGCCUCUUCAAGUCGCCUUCCGUAGGCCUGAGACCCCCACCUCUAGGCCCAUGGAUGAAGAGGGCGCCAUGGCCCCAGCCCUGGCCAAUGGGCAUGCCCCCUACAGCCGGACUCUGAGCCACAUCAGUGAGGCCAGUGUGGACGCUGCCUUGGCUGAGGCUUCAGUGGAGGCUCUGGGUCUAGAAAAUCUAGCUUGGGGACCUAGCCUGCCUGCACACCCAGAUCCCACCCAUGGGGAGCCACCUGGUCCUGUUCCUUCUGCUGUGGACCCUUGCCAUUCUGCCAUAAGCCCCACCCUCAGUACAACAGGCCCUGCCCACACAUCUACAGAUCCUGCCCUGUCUGCACAUCUAGACUUGGUUCACAAGGUCACAGACUCUAGCUCUUCCCAACUGCCAGGCCCCACCCACACCACUACAGGCUCGACCUAUAAUGCCAUUAGCCCUAGCCACAGUGCUCUAAGCGCCACUCACACUACCACAGGUUCCACCCACAAGCCCACGGUCUCUACCCCCUUGACUACGGGCUCUACCCCCAGUGCCACAACCCGAGUCCAGACCACCACAAGACCCACUGAUGAAGCAAUGCUUUCCGCUCUCACUACCAUAGGUCCUACCCCCGAUACUACAGGCCCUGUCCAGACCAUCACAAGCCCUGUCCACACUGCCGCAAGCCUGACCCAUACUACUGCAAGCCCCACCCAUACCACUACAAGCCCCACCCAUACCACUACAAGCCCCACCCAUGCCACUACAAGCCCCACCCACACUACUGCAAGCCCCACCCACACUACCACAAGCCCCCCCAAUACCACUGCAGGCACCCCCCAUACCACUACAAGCCCUACUCACAAAGCCAGGAUGUCAACUCACACUGCUACAAGUCCUACCCCCAAAGCUAAGGGCCCAGUCCAGACCACCAGGAUCCCCACCGAUCCUGUCACAAGCCCCACUCUACUAACUGUAAGCUCUUCUACUUGCCUAGACCAUGCCGUGCUUCCCAGCCUCUCUACAAACACAGACCCCGCCCUCCCAGUUACCCUCACCCUGUCCUGCAGCUACCCAGCCUCCACUCCUUGCACUCAGGCAGACCCUACAGCCCCCAGUACCUCCUACCCAGGCGCCGCCUCAUCCAGUUGGGAACCCCGCACAGGUCCUUCCCCAGACCCCCCAGAGCCCAUCCUCCAGAGCCCAAGUCCCCCUCCCUCACCUCUAGCCCCUGUGCCCCAGCAUUUAGACCUUAGCCCGGCCGUGGCCACCCGGGCCCCAGUUCCAGGGGCAACUGGAGGGGCUGGGGAUAGGAGGCUGGAAGAGGCCCUGGGGGCCCUCAUGGCUGCUCUGGAUGACUAUCGUGGCCAGUUCCCUGAGCUGCAGGGCCUGGAGCAGGAGGUGACCCGGCUGGAGAGUCUGCUCAUGCAGAGACAAGGCCUGACUCGCAGCCGGGCCUCCAGCCUUAGUAUCACUGUGGAACAUGCCCUGGAGAGCUUCAGCUUCCUCAACGAGGAUGAAGAUGACGACAUGGAUGGUCCUGGAGACAGGCCCCCAAACAGCCUGGAGCCUGGGGCUGAGGACAGCCUUGACUUACCCAGUGCCCGCCCCCUCAGCACGGAGUGUCCAGCUCUGGACGCUGCCUUGGUCCAGCACCUGUACCACUGCAGCCGCCUCCUGCUGAAACUGGGCACAUUUGGGCCCCUGCGCUGCCAGGAGGCAUGGGCCCUGGAGCGGCUACUGAGGGAGGCCAGAGUGCUGGAGGCCGUAUGCGAGCUUAGCAGGCGAUGGGAAAUCCCUGCCACCUCUGCACAGGAAGUGGUGCAGUUCUCAGCCUCCCGGCCCGGCUUCCUGACCUUCUGGGACCAGUGCACAGAGGGACUCAGCCCCUUCAUCUGCCCUGUGGAGCGAGUGCUCCUCACCUUCUGCAAUCAGUACAGUGCCCGUCUCUCCCUGCGCCAGCCAGGCCUAGCUGAGGCUGUGUGUGUCAAGUUCCUGGAGGAUGCCCUGGGGCAGAAGCUGCCCAGGAGGCCCCACCCAGGCCCUGGAGAGCAGUUCACGGUCUUCCAGUUCUGGAGUUACGUCGAAGCCUUGGAUAGCCCCUCCAUGGAGGCCUAUGUGACUGAAACCGCUGAGGAGGUGUUACUGGUGCGGAAUUUGAACUCAGAUGACCAAGCUGUUGUGCUGAAGGCCCUGAGGUUGGCGCCCGAGGGGCGGCUGCAAAAGGAUGGGCUUCGGGCCCUCAGCUCCCUGCUGGUCCAUGGCAACAACAAGGUCAUGGCUGCUGUCAGCACCCAGCUCCGGAGCCUAUCACUGGGCCCUGUCUUUCGGGAACGGGCCCUGCUCUGCUUCCUGGACCAGCUCGAGGAUGAGGAUGUACAGACGAGAGUGGCCGGCUGCCUGGCCCUGGGCUGCAUCAAGGCUCCUGAGGGCAUUGAGCCCCUGGUGUACCUGUGCCAAACGGACACAGAAGCUGUGAGGGAAGCUGCUCGGCAGAGCCUGCAACAGUGUGGGGAAGAGGGGCAGUCUGCCCAUCGCCGGCUGGAGGAAUCACUGGACGCCCUGCCCCACAUCUUUGGGCCUGGCAGCAUGGCCAGCACGGCAUUCUAGAUUCCCUCCCCGCUGGCUCCCAGUGCCCCUUCCCCCUCACUUUCAGGGCUUAUCAGGCACUGGCAGGGAGGGUGAGGGCUGGCUCCAGACACCUCUCGCCCACAGAUUCCCAUCAGUGAAAAUCUAAUAUAUUCUUCCGUUGCCCUUGGGUUGGCAGUCAGUGCCUGCAGUCAAGUGCCUCCCAGCCUCGGCUCAGCACACUUGCCACAAAUCAGUGUCCUACCACAUCCCUUGGUUUUAUAUUUUAUUUACAGAGUUUUACAGAAAAUAAAAAAGCAAAAUGCCUUUCCUA